AUGUUACCACCGCCUCUCAACCACACGUCUUCGAUUCUGGUAAUCGGAGCUGGAACCUGGGGAUGUUCAACAGCUCUUCAUCUGGCUCGGCGAGGGUACAAAAAUGUCACAGUUCUAGAUCCAUAUGGUGUCCCAUCACCCAUUGCUGCCGGGAAUGAUGUCAAUAAAAUCAUGGAACAUAAAGAGCUCAGAGACUCAACCCCAGAUGCCCGAAGCAUAGCAUUUGCUACAUGCACUCGAGCGGCGUUGAACGGAUGGAAGAAUGACCCCGUUUUUAUGCCAUUCUUUCACGAAACUGGAGUCAUCGUGUCAGGCAGUACACCCGACCUCAUCCGACACAUUGAAAAAGAUGAGAUAGACUCCUCUAAAGGCGAUUUCAUCACUCUGAAAACAGCUCAAGAUUUCCGCAAUACCAUGCCACCGGGUGUGUUGACGGGCGACUUCCCUGGCUGGAAAGGAUGGUUUAGCAAGGAGGGGGCAGGAUGGAUCCACGCCCAAAAAGCCAUGCUAUCUGCACACAGAGAAGCAAAGCGUUUGGGCGUGAAGUUCGUGGUCGAUGACCCAACGGGCAAUGUUGUGGGACUCAUUUACCAAAAUGGCGAUGUGACGGGAGCAAAAACCGCAGAUGGCACAGUCCAUCGCGCAGACCAGGUCAUCUUGGCCGCCGGCGCUGGAAGCGACCGUUUAUUGGAUUUCAAAAAACAGCUACGUCCCACUGCGUGGACCUUGAGCCACAUUCGCAUGACACCGGAAGAAGCCAAGCGCUACCGGGACCUUCCAGUAUUGUUCAACAUUGCCAAGGGGUUCUUUAUGGAGCCAGAUGAGGAUAAUCAUGAGCUCAAAAUCUGUGACGAGCACCCAGGAUACUGUAACUUCAUUCCGGAUCCUAAUCACCCCGGCGAGAAGAGAAGCCUUCCGUUCGCAAAACAUCAAAUCCCGCUCGAAGCAGAGGCUCGAGCAAGGGACUUUCUACGCGACACAAUGCCACAUUUGGCAGAUCGACCAUUCUCAUUCGCACGAAUCUGCUGGGACGCUGACACCCCCGACCGUGCGUUCUUGAUUGACCGUCAUCCGGAGCACCCGUCUCUUCUGAUUGCAGUGGGCGGAUCCGGCAAUGGAGCCAUGCAGAUGCCGACGAUUGGUGGUUUUAUCUCGGAUGCCUUGGAAGGUAAGCUACAAAAGGAACUGAAGUAUGUUGUGCGUUGGCGACCCGAGACGGCCGUUGAUCGUGACUGGCACUCUACGCAAAACCGCUUCGGAGGACCUGAUAAGGUGAUGGAUUUCCAAGAUGUGAAGGAAAACGAAUGGACACGAAUAAACGAGACUGAGAAGAGCAAAAAGAGCAUUUGA